AUGAAGAGGAGAACUUUGAUGGAUCAAAUAAUAACAAACGACAAAGAAAUUCAUUUACGUCAUCAACUCAUACGUUUCGGCCGAAUUACGUACCAUUGUAUAUGCCCCCUUUCCCAAGCAAACAUUCAUACAAAAAAACGCCGGUUUAUCCGAAGCGACAUGAGAAUGACCCUGUAAAGUUCCGAGAAUCGAGUUUAACUCAGGUAAAAUUAGUGGAGAAAAGUCUGAGACGAUUGGCAGAAUAUCAUGAGGAUCCAACAGAUCAAACCAUAAUUCAAUCGAGUAUUCCAGACUCACCAUCUUCCUCUUCGACUGUUGUAUCAGCUAACUCUUCGCCUUCUGAUUACGACAAAUCGUUGAUAUCCACUUCGAUUUCAACUUUUGAUUCAGCAAUUUUGCAUGCAAGUGCUAACAAGAGCAAUCCCGUAACAUUGAACAAAUCUAUUAAUAAUAAUUUUAAGAAACGAAAGAAUGUCCAAACAUCUUGGGAAGAGUUAAAUGAUUAA